UACAUCUACGAGAAAGGCAGAAUUUAGUUUUCCAAGAAGCAUCACCACGCCCGUGCUUGUCAUUACAUGAAAAUGGCAAACAAGAAUUAUGUCAAGUGUAACAGAAGAUGAAAGCGAAAUUGGAAGAGCGGGGGUUUGGAACUAACGCUUAGCAGACCUGCGGGCACCCGUUUGCUAACAUUGUUGUCAUUUCAGCAACCAGAAUUUCAGAAAAAAAUGCCCGUCACACAGAAAAGCGGCCGCGCGAAACUAGAUGUCGAAGAAGGGGAUGUGGCAUCUGGGGUAGCAGAAAUGCCUGUAACUAUGACGUGCGCUACAGCAAAUGCCUUUAAAGAAUAUAUAAAAAUGCAAUUUGAAGGCAAAGUAGGCAGAAACUUUCAAACUCUAUCUGCAAGGUACCUGAGAGAAGAGAUAUUCAACACACACUUUAAUUAUGGACUGUACACGUCAAGUUAUUUAUAGAACUGUGGUGGUCUGUGGAUUCCUGUCCAUAUUAACCGAAAGGAACGGAGCACUCCCAAUGCAGGAUUCAGCAAACAAGGUUGCAAAAAUACUGAAAUACGGAACAGCAUCAGAGGUUGACCAGGAAAUAAACAGCACUUUUCCAGAGAUAUUGAGAUCAAAAGUUAGCCCAUAUGAAUAUUUGCGUUUGAGAGGUCUCAAUGUAUCUGGAUUGGACAUCAUUUCAUUUCUGUUCAGAAACAACAGGACGGCGCAGCGAAUGAGACGCAGUUAUCUAGAGCCAGUUAUGUUGAGCAAAGCCUCCUGCCCUGUGACGUGGAAUGUAAACUUUGAGAAGGGCAGAAAGCCAGCUCAAAUCAUGUUUGCCUCGUGUAACGGACAGGGCACUGUGUGUAAGUCACGUGACGACAAUUUUGCAUGCGAAGAAAUCAAGAUCACAAACCACGUGUACAGAUUUCUUGGAAACGAUGGGAAUGGUAAAUUAGUCUACAGGCGAGAGAGAAUGACGAUCCCAGUCGCUUGUACUUGUACUGCAUAGCACAAUGACAGUGUAUCAGAAUUCAAAUGGGAUAUAAUGGAAUCGCCUUUUGAAAUAAAUACGUAAUCUAUUAAUAGAAACCUAUCUUUAAAAGAGAAGAGCUAAAAUAUAUAGAUAUAUGAAUGUAUUUUUGAAAAUAUUUAUGUUUUUAUCCCAGCUUGUACUGUAUAGAUAAAUUUCAGUUAACUUUGAUACAACGAGAAAUUUUCUUUAAAUAUAUUUAAAGACGAUUUAUAUAUGAUUCUUUAUUUAAAGAAAUCUUAUUCGGUUUAUUCGGAUCUGCGCAAAGGUCGCUUCAACUUUAGUGGAAAAAAAAAGUGGGACUUCAGUU